CUAGCCCGGGCGCCGCGGGGCGGGCGGGGACGGCGGAAACCGGAGUCGGGGGCCCCGGAGGAGCCGAAGCUCCAGGCCGUGAGGACAGCGGCGAGCCUCGCCUACUUGGUGGACAGGAUCCCCCAGUGACCUGUUGAUCCACUUGUAAACCACUGAACGCGGGACUUGGAUUUUUAAACGUCGGCCAGGGAGUUUCUUCACCGUCACCCUCUGACCCCUUCCUCCUCUUCCCCUGCUGAUUCCCCCGCCCGCCCUACGCUCUUGGAGCAGCGUUGUGGGGGCACCGCGGUUCCGCUUCAACUUUGAGUCUGAGAGCCUGGGCUGCUAGCUCAGUCUGGUGCAAAAACUGGCCCAGGUGAAGGAUCCCAAGCAGAAGAGCAGAUAUGUGAAACUCUUGCAAAGGGGCCUGGGGAGAGCUCAGCAGCUGAAAGCAGCCCGGAAUUCCCCCUAGUAAGCAGACGCCCACGUAUUUAAAUGGGGAGGGGUGAAUACGUACAGCUGAGGAUUGAUUUACAGGCUUUAGAAAAUUUGCGUGUUUACCUGUGUGAGAAACUCAUAGCUGAGAGACAUUUUGAUCAUCUACGUGCAAAAAAAAUACUCAGUAGAGAAGACACUGAAGAAAUUUCUUGCCGAACAUCAAGUAGAAAAAGGGCUGGAAAAUUGUUAGACUACUUACAAGAAAACCCUAAAGGACUAGACACCCUCGUUGAAUCUAUUAGGCGAGAAAAAACACAGAACUUCCUAAUACAGAAGAUUACAGAUGAAGUGCUGAAACUUAGAAAUAUAAAACUAGAGUAUCUGAAAGGACUGAAAUGUAGCAGCUGUGAGCCUUUCCCAGAUGGAGCCACAAACAACCUUUCCAGAUCUAAUUCGAACGAGAGCAAUUUCUCUGAAAAACUGAGAGCAUCCACAGUCAUGUACCACCCAGAAGGAGAGUCCAGUACGGCUCCCUUUUUUUCUCCUGUUUCUUCUCUGAAUUUGCCUGUCUUGGAAGUAGGCAGAACUGAGAAUACUGUCUUCUCCUCGAGCUCGCUCCCGAGACCUGGGGACCCUGGGGCUCCUCCUUUGCCACCAGAGCUGCAGUUAGAAGAAGCAGGAACUUGUGGGAGCUCGAGUGAGAUGUUUCUUCCCUUAAGAUCACGUGCUCUUUCACCGCAGUGACACUUAAAUUGUCUUUGAAUUUUUUCAUAGUGACAAAAAAUGUUUUAAAUGAUAUGAAUCUUUUUAUAAAACCACUAUAAUGAUUUACUUACAUUUGAUAUGUCUUUUAAAAAACUGUAAGCAUACUUUGUAAAUAGAAUAUUUUAGAUUAAAAGAAACAUACUUUUAGGAUAGCUAAAUGUGAAUCAUGUUGGUCUUGUAUUUUUCAGUAUUUUCUUUUUUGUGAGUUUUUCCUUCUCGGUGUUUUAGUACUUUCAAGUUUUUAUGUUAUAACAUUAAUUUUAAUCGGGAUCAUUUCUCUGUUUGGGAAUAAACUUUUAGGCAGGAAGUAAUGUUUCUCAGAGCUUUGGUACUAAAAAUGUUCAGAGUCUAACAGUCUUUUCCAACCAUUUAGCAGUAAAUUUUCAGCAUUAAGCUGUUCCUAUUUGGUAAUAAAGCCAGCCAUAAAUGGGAAAACUGACUGUAUACUGAAAAGAAUCUCUUUCCCACUCAGUUGGUUUUACCAGUCACUUUCUGAUUCUGGAGGAACAUAUGAUGGAGUUUGAGCCCCCUAAGAUCUUUUUACCAAAAUUCAUUCCGUAUUAACCUUACUAAUUGAUACUAGUUUCUCUGGAUUUUUCAGUCUUUAUCAUUUUCAUUCCUAAAGAAAAAUAUCACAGUGGAAGCCUCAAGUAUUACAUGUAAUUUGAUGAGAUUUUUAAAAAGACUUUUCUCUGUACUUUUCAUUGUCUUUUAAUGAGUUUUACUGUACAGUUAAAAUAACUAGAUCUGGAGUGUAUGUGUGUCAUUUUUGCUUUUUAAUACUAUUCUAAUCGAGCAGACUAUUAGCUAGAUUUAUCCUUUUGUUGUAUAACGAAAUUUGACUAAUUUUACACAUUUUUAAAUCUUAUACUCUCAUUGUUCUCAUUUAAAUUAUAACUCAACCUGUUUCCUGAGAUCCAUCUCCUAACAUUUCUAUUACUAAAAAAACUUAUAACUCCAAGUUUUCUAUUAACAAUAAAAGUUUGUUAAUAUAGUGCUAUGUUUUAGAGCUUCAGAUUUUUCAAUUGGAAAUGUCUAAAACACUUUUUAAAAUAUAUGACAGUUUUUUAUAGAAAACAUUCCUUCAAAGUGUGAGAAAGCCAGGCAUGAUAACACACCCAUAAUCUCAGCAUGCUGGGAGGCAGAGGCAGGAGAGUCACAAGUGUGAGCCCAGCCUCGGCAACUUAACAACUUAGCAAGACCUUGUCUCAAAAAAUUUAAAAAAGGGCUGGGAAUUUAGCUCAGUGUGAAGGGCCUUGGUUCAGUCCCCAAUACUGUAAGUAAAAGUUGUAAGACAUUUCUGCAUAGACUGAUGAAUUUGUCAAUCAUGAAAAUUGACACAUUGGCUUUAAAAAGAUUUUUAAAGACUAGAUAAUAUUUGUUGUAUAAACAUUUUCAAAAAAUUACGGAGAAAGAUGUUUCACCUCCAGCACAUACCAUAGGGGGAUCGUGGCUCUGUAUUUAAAGAAAUCGCUUUAAAGGAGUAGACUUAAUUUUGUUAAUUAAAAUUUGAUGUGUAGAUACCUCUUGUAAAAUUUUAAAUAGGAUUUACUCAGAAUCAAAGAUCAUAACAUAUAUUAAUGGCAUUUACAAGUGAGUCAACACUACAUAACUAGACAAUAAAAUUAAAGUUUUAAUACAA